AUGACUUUGUCGCAAUUCAAGCCAGAGGCUCUUGGAAGCUUGUACACUCAGGAGCAGCUGGAUCUCCUGGAUUCCAUCGACACACCGAUCCCAAGGCAUCAAGAAUCGCCUGCGGAGACCAAUCUCUUCCGGAAAGAGUCGGAUGAUGAGGGUGGAGGCGUUUCCUUUCAUGCCUCGAUGCAAUGGGGGUAG